AUAAAAAAUGUAAGGCCAUUCUUCAACCCCCACGCGUAUCUUAUUCUAAGCCAAGCAAGUAUUUAUAGUCCCAACACCACCGUUUAUUUCAUCACCAUAUUCACGCUUCUCAUUUUCCGUUAUUCCUCUUUCCAAAUUCACCGUUAGAACCUAACUUCCCCAAACGCUAACAAUGGCAACGAGUCCCCACGUCAAAGUCGACGACAUCGAAGAACUCAAGCGAGUCUUCGCCCGCUUCGACACCAACGGCGACGGCAAGAUCUCCGUCACCGAGUUAGACAGCAUCCUCCGCUCUCUCGGAUCCGCCGUCCCAGCCGACGAGCUCCAGCGCGUCAUGGAAGAUCUCGACACCGAUCGCGACGGUUUCAUCAACCUCGCCGAGUUCGCCGCCUUCUGCCAAUCCGGCUCAGCGGACUGCGAUGCUUCUGAGCUUCGCGACGCCUUCGAUCUGUACGAUAAGGAUAAGAACGGCCUCAUCUCCGCAACGGAACUCUGCCAGGUGUUGAAUACUCUUGGAAUGAAGUGCUCCGUUGAUGAAUGCCACACUAUGAUCAAAUCAGUUGAUUAUGACGGUGACGGUACCGUUAACUAUGAAGAAUUCAAGAAGAUGAUGAGCAAUAACCGUCCUAGUGGAAAUUGAAAUGAGGAAUAGGCAUUUUCGUUUUAUGAAUUUAUUACUACUAACAGAUCUGCGCCCUUAGUAUGGAUAUGGUGUUGUUGAAUCUCUUUAGCUGUUGCUAAUUUUGUUCUUGCUUCCACUUUCUAUAAAUAAUAAUUACCCUUUCAGUUUGCAAUAA